AGAAGGAGAGUGAUGGUGUGCGCAUGCUCCAGUCCGUACGUCAUUCAGACAUGGCUGCCUCCAGUAGGGCUGUCAUGAAGUCCUUUCUGCGAAGAUGCGGACAAUGUUGGUCACUUAUAUCGGCAUUACCAGCGGAGAAUACUGUCCUUCGGUUAAACUAUGUAAUUCCCGUGAGGAUGGUGAGCGUGAGCAAGAGCACGGGUUUUCGGCAGAGGAACCCACCGUCCGGGCAACAGAAGUUCACGCUGGAGUUCGUCAAGAAGCAGAUCGAGGAGUUCAACCUCAGCAAGCGGCACCUGGCCAACAUCAUGGGGGAGGACCCCGAGAACUUCACCCAGGAGGACAUCGAUAGAAGCAUUGUUUACCUCUUCCCCUCUGCACUCUUCGAGAAGAAGGCCCGGCCCAUCAUGAAGCACCCAGACCUGAUUUUCCCCAGACAGAGAGCUGUUCAGUGGGACCCGGACGGACGGCCGUUCCACUACCUGUUCUACACCGGGAAGCAGAGCUACUAUUCGCUGAUGCACGACACCUUUGCAAAGGUUCUGGAGGUGGAGAGGUACCAAGACCGUUUGUUGUUGAAGGGUCUGUUCUCCCAGGAAGUCAAGCCCAUCUCUUUGGCAGGGGGUCGUUGGCUUUCAAAAGAUGAAUUUGAGGAGUUUCUGGUGGAAACCAUCUCUGACCAGGAUUACACGUACUUCCUGCAGCUGAUAGGCCGGCUGUCCUCCCUGCCCUACUCCUCGCUGGAGAAGGAGUUUAUUCUCAGCUUCCACAAGCAGCUGGAUGUGCAGGCGAGCAAGCAGCUUGGCCAACCCCUGGAGUUUGAUCAGGACGGCGUGGCCUUCAGCUCUGCCCAAGGGAGGAGAAAGACUGCAGAAGCCACAGUGGUGCUGAGGGACAUCAGCUCUGGGAAGAUCACCAUCAACAGUGUGGACUACCUGAAAUACUUCCCCUCCCUGCAGGACAGGCUGCAGCUGAUGUUCCCGCUGCAGUUCGUGGGGCGGCUGGGCCGGCACGCCCUGGAGUGCACGGUGACGGGCGGGGGCCACUCCGCCCAGGCGGGGGCGCUGCGACUGGCCAUCGCCCGCGCGCUGCUCAGCUACGUUUCAGAGAGCGAGAAGGAGAGCAUGCGGCAGGCUGGUCUGUUGACCUCUGACCCCAGGCUUAAGGAGCGUAAGAAGCCGGGGCAGGCUGGAGCCCGAAGGAAGUUCACGUGGAAGAAACGCUAGGGCGUGCCCCCCCCCCCCCUUGGGGACCCCCACAUGCCCGAGGCCCCCCCACCUCACAGAGCUCCAACCGCCUCCACAUGAUAUACCCUGAUAUGCACAUGAGCCGCCCUCUACGUGAAAUAUCUACUGUUAAUAUAUUGUCAAUAAAGCCUUUUUUUCACAUCA